AAUACCAACCGAGUGUCGGUUGACCAGCGAUUGUUUUGAUUCUGAAUAAAUCAGUAGACCGAUUGACGAUACAUGGCUGACUGGAUUACACUCCUAAGAAAGGCAACAGGGAAGUCAGGAGCCGGCGCUGAAUGUGGGCGGCGCCCAUAGUCUCAGCUUUAAUGGAGACCAGGCAGAGAUACUGCAGAAACAUUCUGAUCUUCAUCUUGGGAGUACUCAUAAUCUUCCUCAGCUUUGAUGGGAAAUUGAGUAUCUGGAGUUCUCCAGGUUACAGAGAAGCACCUCCAUCAUUAUAUUAUGUGGCCUAUCCAGGAAACUACAAAUUCAUCAUGGAUGACACGCCAGUGUGUAAGACCAGGACUCCUUUCCUGGUCCUGAUGGUUCCAGUUGCACCCAGUAAUGUGGAAGCUCGGGACACCAUUCGAAAGACAUGGGGAAAUGAGAAAAUGGUUCUGGGUCAGCUGGUCGAGACCCUCUUCAUACUGGGUCUGCCUGGAGGAGCUGAUGCUGAACAGCGGCAAGAGAAGCUCAAACAGGAGAAUCAGCAACACCACGACCUGAUCCAGAGUGACUUCCACGACAGCUACCACAAUCUGACCAUCAAGACUAUGCUCAUGCUGGAGUGGCUGGCCGCACACUGUACUAAAGCUUCUUUCGUGAUAAAGAUUGACUCAGAUAUGUUGCUCCACGUCCAGAAUUUGGUUAAACUUUUGCUGGAUCCCAGCACAGCCAAGAAAAACUACAUGACAGGUUUGGUGUGGUGGCACAGCCCAGUUUUAAGAAACCCAUUCACAAAGUUCUACAUGCCGAGAGACGUGAUUGCUGAGGCAGAGUACCCCCCGUAUCCUCUGGGCAUGGCCUACAUCAUGUCCCUGGACCUUCCUGAAAAGAUCCUGACAGUCUCUCCUCUGAUUAGACCAAUCUACAUCGAAGAUGCCUACCUGGGUAUGUGCCUGAAACUCCUGAACAUUUCCCCCACCGAUCCCCCCGAAAAGACCAUGUUUAUUGUUGACCCCAGACAUCCUCUGAGCAGCUGCACCCUUUCAAAAGUGAUCGCUGUGACAACGACAAGCACCUCACAGAUGUGGAGUUACUGGGAGAUGAGCAGAGAGUCAGGAGCUAAAUGCUGAACUUUAACUGAGCUGUGACUUUUCAGUGGUGGGACGACCCUUUCACUUACAUUAAUUUAAUGGAAAUGAUACUGAACUAAAACGGAGCAUGUUUAUUAAGUGUUUGCAGAUAACUUGGAAGUACCUUGUUUCUUUGUUGGACAGAAAAAUGUCUUUUUAUAAAAGACAAAUCAUAUACAUGGCUUUGAGCCCACAGCCUUUUUCUGUGAUCAGAUGCUCUCAAACAGCUGAACUAACAGGACUUUCUAAGACACAGAUAAGAGCAUCAGAUGGAUCGUGAAUUUUAAUAAUAAACAUGAAGACUGAUUCUUUACAUCAGGGGUUUUUAAAGUCCGACAUUUUCAGAGCUCUCACUGCAGAGUGCCGCAGGACUAGGACCAAAAACAACAAACACAAACAAAAACCAAUGAACCAUCAUUGACAUGUAAAUUCCACUUUAGUGGCAUCAUGCUCUGAGUUCUGCUCUGAAUCUGAGGAUUCACUCAUGGUGUCUUUAGAAAAGUAAACUGUAUUUUUGGG